CAACCAACCGUCAUUUAGUAAGCGGCGGUCAGCAAUGUUGCAGAGAGCCUUGGCUGGCGCACCGUGUGUCUUUUUAGAACUGCGGCUGACAUUACCGGGGGAGAACUGAUGUCUAGUAGAUGGGAUGGAGCUGUAGGUACCGGACGCUUCACUUUCAGGCACAGUCAACCGCGCUUGGAAGGCUGAAGAAGCAACAACAGGGGCACAAGGGCCUAGGCACAGGGGUUGGUUCGCCGCCCGCCGCCACCGUGGCUUAGGGUGGUGGGUGGGGCAGCGGCUAGAGCUAGCAAAGGCAGCCUGAUGUGAUAUCAGACGUGUUGGCUCAACGCGUUCUUCGCUCAGGUUUCGAUCCCCCUCCAUCGCCUCUUUCUUGUCUUUUUGCGCUGGCGCGCGCACCUUUUAUGCCAACAUGGCGACCACGAGCCGCGUGGAAAGGCUGCUCGAGACAGUGCGCUCACAGGAGAGGGAAGACCGUGCGAACAGAGAUCGAGUUGGCCGUGAGAUUGCCAGACUUGGCGAUGAGAUCGUUGGAUUCGAAGGCGAGCGCGUCGACCUUGACGCCCGCCUCAAGAAGCACAAGGCGUUCAAGUCGAAGCUCGAAGUUCAUGCCGCGAGCAAAUCGCAACUCGAGUCUGCCAUUGCCCAGCUAGACGCGGAGUUGCGGGAGCAACGUGAGCUAUAUUGUGAUUCCCCCGAUGGCACGUCAUCGAAAAAGUUCUAUCAAGUCUCGCGGCCUCUCAUUGCGCAGUAUGAGGAGAAGCUAAAAUGCGUGCGCAACCUGGACGGAUGGGAGCAGAACCUUGUCGAUGAGAUCGACGCGGAGAACAUCUACCUUCCUGAAUCAACGCCAUUCGAAGAUGGAUCCGGCGAUAUAGAUCGUGGCGAAGAUACAGGUGUGGGUGCGACGGAUGACCGCCCGCAAUCUGUCGGUGAGCAAGCAGCGGACGGUCUUCCUCGCCCCUCUCCACCAAACCCUAGGAGCCAAAACAAACGUCGCCUGUCUCAAAGAAAAGAUACUCCGCGCAAAGUCUCUAGGCUCACAGAACGUACAAUCGAUAUUGACACAUUCUUCCAAAACGGCAAGAGCAAACACAGGAUAUUCAGAGUAAACGGCGACGGGGAGAACUGGUGGAUUGUGUGGUGCAAAGAACACAACAUGACCUUCGGCACCAAGAACUCACUCACAGGCGCUGGCAAGCAUCUGAACUCGAACCGACAUGGGGGCAUGGAUAAGUCACACGAAACAGCCCUUGCACACUUGGGCUACAAGGUUCUCAACUGCACUCCUCAGAUGGUAGACGCGAACAACCGUGCUGUGGAUGCAGAGCUAGAAACCUGCAAGUCUCAUGCUCCUCACAAGAACAGGGAGAGGACAACACUUUCUAGCGGCGGCGACGAUGCUGAAGCCGAUUUUGUCCCCAAGGCUCAUGUUAAGAAGCCGAUGAAGCGCAGAGGUGACACCGCAUCGCAGGCCGUGCUCGAUCCCAAACCUGGUUACAUCUAUCGUGCCUGGAUAUCACAGAACUUUAGGGCGGUAAUCUGCUUGCCACUCCCGCCCACUGUCGAAGCGACUGGCAUCGUCGAGCUGCAGGCGCAGACAGAAGAUCUUGUCAAGGAAAUGGAAACCGAGCCCCCAGUUUGCUAUAGUGAGAGAAAUGGCAAAUUUGUAUGGGCCGAGGACUACGAAGAUCAUGGGCCCAAGGUCCAGGAGCGACAGUAUCCCGUGGUCGUUAUCAACAAUGGCGAUAGGACGAAAUGGACCCGAGCUUGGAUUCCAGCAAACGAUCUCGCGGAAGUCGAGCAGACUGAUCCAUCUCUGCAAUUCAUCGCUAACCGCAACGCUGUUCUCGCAGAGCUACGACGGCGGAAGAACCUCGAGAAAGAUCAAAGUGGGCCUGCCACAGGAAUGCACAGGGCUGCCAGGGUCGCUCCUAUUGGCAACUUUGCAGACUCUCAUGCUCCACCCAGGGCUCGAGAAGAUGUAGAUGAGGUCCCCUCUGACGACCUAUUGAGCUGUGAGAUGGUUGCGGAGAAUGCCCGAGGCCAGGAUGGAGGCAGCCCGGUCGCUGAGCUUGGCAAGCAGCAGACUUCAGAUGUCCAGGACACAGGCACAUCAGACCGUUCUCGUGGCGGAAGUGCCUUGUCCGUGACCAUAGGACCGAAGGUUGAGAUGUCUGUCACUGGUCAAAUUGCGGAAUCGCAGAGCGCAUUUGGCGCAUAUUCAAGUAUGCAUGACUCAACCACUUCCGAACCCAUGGACACCGACCGGUUGGUAGGUGUUAAGAGUGGGAACCUCACACCAACAGACAAGGCGCCGCCACUGGUUUCCAUGAAAAUUGCAGGGCUCCUCAACAGCCCGGAGGUCCUGCCUUCCAGCGCGGACGUGGUCCGUGAUUUUCUUCGGGAUAUAGCGCGAGACGCUCUGCCCUCUACCGAGAGGGACCUGGAGUACCAUACCAGCAAGAGCCGUGAUGCGCGCCCCAACGUGAGCUAUUACAAUGGGCAUCAUGAGGCAACGAUGGGUGCUGAAAGUACCACCCACCACCAGACCGUGGAUUCAGCCACAACCGAACGCACUGCAAAGUCGCUUUCCACAUCUUCCGCAUCGCCUCUCGAGCUGAAGUGUUCUCAAUGCGGGAUCACAUACCGAGAGCAGUCGGCCUUUGACAAACACAUGGAGACCCACAUACGGCCGUUCAUAUGCGUCUUCCACUACGCUGGAUGCAACAAGACGUUCUCAAAGAAGAAUGAGUGGAAACGCCACGUGCUGAAGCAGCACAUCUGCCUCAAAUACUACCACUGCGACUACAUGGAAUGUGCCACCACCACACGAUCCGGGACCACGUGUCGAGCCAACAAGCUUCCUGCUCGCGGUAAAAUCUUUAGGAGAAAGGAUUUAUACAUGCAGCAUGUUCGCCGGAUGCAUCUGUCGAAGAUCAACGCCCGCCAGGACCAGGAGGCCGUGGCGGAGCUGCAGCAACGAGCGCUGCGCACGCGUUGCCAGCUUCCUUUGAAUAUGGCUUGCCCCGCCGAGCAUUGCAAUCUUGACUUUCGCGGAGAUAAGGCCUGGGACGACUGGAUGGAGCACGCCGCUCGGCACCUCUUGGCGGCACACGAGAGACAGGAGCCCGAGGUCGGAUUCGGCGGCUCCCAAGACACCUGCCUCACGGAGUGGGCCGAGCAUCCAGACGUCGAUGUUGCCAGGAGGGUUCAGGGAGGCUGGGCGCUGAACGACCCCUUGCAGGACUGCGAUGAGGUCGCCCGCUCCAGCCCCAGCUCGAACAUUUGCGAUGAGGAUGCCGAAGAGCCAGCCUAGUCCCGUAGAGACUACGCAGCUGGUUCACGCAAUGCGACCUGUCUGCCUUCAUUGAAUCUACCAGAAUUAUCUCCACUAUAUCAAUGAGUGGUCGUCAUAGCGUAUGUAUAUGGGGCUUGUUUCUCGCGUUUGUCCAUAAUUGGGAGAAGACAAACACUUCGAAGGCUGGCUUCCGGUCUGUUAAUGGCAGCCAAGGAGAGCCAAAGGUAGGACGCGGAUAAUUGUCUAAUGGGCGAGGCAUUAUUUUCCAUUCAGUAUUCAUGUAAUUAGACAAUACUGAACAUGUCGUACCAUUCCUUUUGCUGUGAGCACAUUGGCUAUCCGGAGUCGUCAGCAUCCUGUGAGGCCAGGAGAAGUAGGCACCUACUCCGUACCGCCCAUGAGGUAGCUCAAGCAUGGGGUCACC